UAUAUUUUUCCCUACUGCGGUCACACUAUUGCCACUACUUUAGUUUUACAAAUAUAAGUGCGCGCCGACUACAUGCUAGGCUUAAAUAGCUAGAGACAGGAGACCAUUACAGUUGUUUCAGAAUUCUAUAGACAAUAAAAAGCGCGAUGUCCGAGAUAUCAAGUGAACUUCUAAAAUUAUUUGCCUUUGUAGACGGCAAAAAAGAAGAUUACAUCGGGGCCCUAAAAACUGUUGUGGGUAUUCAGUCCGUUUCAGCUUGGCCCGAGAAGAGAAGCGAGAUUGAUCGCAUGGUGAAAUGGACCGCGGAUCGGCUGAGGUCUCUGGGCGCUGAGACAGAGCUGGCAGAUGUGGGUCAGGAGACUUUGCCGAACGGCCAGAUAAUACCUUUACCAAAUGUUCUGCUUGGAACUUUGGGCAAAGACCCCUCUAAGAAGACCGUGUUGGUCUACGGUCACUUGGACGUGCAGCCUGCCUUGAAGGAAGAUGGAUGGGACACCAAUCCUUUUGAGCUUACACAGGUGGAUGGCAAGCUGUUUGGACGUGGGGCUUCCGAUGACAAGGGACCUGUGCUGUGCUGGAUCCACGCUAUUGAAGCGUAUCAGAAGCUCAGCAUUCCACUACCAGUGAACGUUAAAUUCGUAUUUGAAGGAAUGGAGGAAAGCGGCAGCCAAGGCCUCGACGACUUGUUAUUGGAACGUAAAGAUAAUUUUUUAGCGGAUGUUGAUUUUGUUUGCAUUUCCGAUAACUACUGGCUUGGAAAAAAACGUCCUUGCCUUACAUAUGGUCUUCGCGGUCUGGCAUACUUUCAAGUGGAGGUGGAAUGCUCCAGCAAAGACUUGCAUAGCGGAGUUUUUGGGGGCACCGUUCACGAAGCAAUGCCAGAUCUGUGUCAUUUGCUGAGCAUACUUGUCGAUAAGGAUACGAAAAUCCUAGUCCCUGGUGUGGAUCGCGACGUCGCACCACAGAUCAAGAACGAGCAAUCUAUAUAUGAGAACAUAGACUUUGAAGUUUCUGAUUACAAGAAAGACAUUGGUGUUGAACAGCUGCCACAUAAUGGCGACAAAACAAGGCUACUUCAAGCCAGGUGGCGGUACCCCAGUCUUUCUGUUCACGGAAUUGAAGGUGCAUUUUAUGAGCCAGGCGCAAAAACUGUCAUUCCGAAGAAGGUUAUUGGCAAGUUCUCCAUUCGUCUUGUCCCCAACCAAGAUCCAAAGCACAUUGAGGAGUGUGUCGUGAAAUACCUUAAUGAUAAAUGGGCAGAGCGGGGCUCGCCUAACAAAAUGAAGGUUACUAUGCUCUCAGCUGGCAAGCCCUGGACUGAGGACCCUAACCAUCCUCAUUAUGAGGCUGCAAAAAGAGCCAUAAAGCAUGUAUUCAGUGUAGAACCAGAUAUGACCCGCGAAGGGGGAUCUAUUCCAGUAACGUUAACAUUGCAGGAAGCCACUGGUAAAAACGUUAUCCUUGUUCCAGUAGGUGCAUGUGAUGACGGUGCCCACUCUCAAAAUGAGAAAAUUGAUAUUUACAACUACAUUGAAGGCACUAAACUUCUUGGCGCCUAUCUGCACGAAGUGGGAAAAUUAUAAAAACGCGGGGCUGUACAAUGAUAAGAUAAAACAUCACAAUGGUGCACAUAUAAAUUUAUCUUUAUAUCCAUUUUAUUUUGAGAAACUCCUGUACAAUAUUUAGUAAACAUUUGUUAUAUUCAAAUCUUUUAAACAUUAAUUUUGAAUAAAAGGGUUUAUUGUAUUCUUUAAAAA